CCUGUCUCCUCCCCUUCAUUUACACUGAUUUAAAGUGGAUUUAACAAUUGACCUCAAUAAGGGAUCAUAGCUUAGUCUGUGAUGGAAAGAGCAGGUGUUCUUAAUGUUUUGUACACUCGCCACAGACUUGUAAAUAUACACUAUGUAGAUUUCCUGAAUACUGAGACCAGUUGAAUCAAUGCAGAAAGCAAUAUCAACCUUUUUUAAUAGAGAUUCACACUUAAUUCUAAUUCUGAAGUUUGAUAGUUUAUAUACUGCACUAUGUGAACUGUGUAUAAUAUAUAUCUAUAUAUGAAGCCUAGUAUUAUGAAUAAAAUAUUGAUAUUUGAAAACGAUAGUACAGUAUUAUUAUUUAUUAUAGUGAAACCUCAGUCUUAAUACGGUAUGUUGUUGUGGCUUUGACCAUGAAGAGGUGAUUCCAGUAACCGUAAAUGAAAGGGGCUCUUUUCCUGACAAACAUAUUUGGUCUGGGCUGCCAGUUUGUUAUGUUUCAGUCUCUCAGACUCAGGGUGAGCCACACGCUGCAGAUACUAGUUAUGUUUGACGUAGCGGGAACUUGUGUGAUUAUGACCCUCGCAUGACACUCCCCUGACCACAGUGUUUCCCUCCUGUUUCUAGUAGCUUACUGGAGUGACAUAUAUGGGAUGGUAUGAGGAAUUAUCAACUGUUUCCAGUACUGUAAGGCCGUUGUGAUAAAAUGAAGGUCAACAACUCACGCCUUUCCACCACGCUUCUCACCACUGCAAACCAUCCCCACUAGUGUUGUCUCUCCUUUCCUGCCUGUGGUGUUUCAGCACGAGGUCUUUGACUGACUGAUCAUACCAGAGAGAGAUGGUGUGGACAGUAUCGCCUGUUCCAGCCAUAGCUGAUAAAAUCCCUGUUGUUCAGGUGAUAAGAGAGACUCCUCCCAGCUUCUACUUUAUUGACAUCAGCUCUAUUUGUGUAUUAUUGUGUCCUUGUUCAAGGAUGUGUGCACUGAUACACUGACUGUAUGGGUUUGUGAAGACUCCAAAACAACCAUGUAUUAUGAGAGGAAGAAGGAGAAACCACAUUAGACUUGCCAGAGCUAGUGGAGAGGAGCCAGUGAAGUGGGACUGUCCUUUGUACCUAUUGAGUCAAUGCCCUAGGCCUACUACAACUGUGGUUGACUUCACUUUAGACAUCCAUUCUUUGGAAAAUGGAUGUAUUGAUAAAUUGGUUAAGGAGCGUUUUACUGUGCUGGACAUAUCUGGUUGUCUUUCUCACCAGCGCAACUUCAAUGAAUCCCAACCAGGAGCAGGUGCGCAGUGAAACCCCUAUGGGCCAAAAGGACACAGAUUUCGAUGAUGUAUCCUUUCUACGGACCAGAUCAAGUAGUUUCGUAUCUUCCUCGCAGCUGAUUCGGCCAUAUUCACUCUCGAUGAAUGAGGAGGAUUACCAUUACGCUCCGAAACCCAAACACCUGCGGCACAACCGGCUCCUGCGCAUUUUGGGCUCGUCUUUUGAUCCGUUCUGGAUGUCCAUAGAACGCCCAGCCGAAGCAAGGGUCGACACCGUUGCGUCUGGUGGUCAAACUGCGUCUCGUGGUGACCCGCCCGCUUUAUCAAACUACACCACCAACGAGGGGUUCAACUUCGACGCGUCUCCAGAGCUGACAGAGGGUGCAGCGCGCUACCAACGAAAACUACAAAACGACGCAGAGGAUUUGGACUUGAGUGAACUUCCUGCAAACGUUGCCAGCACUCUGCGUGAUUGGCUGGUCCGCUCGGCCACCUGUGGAAUGCGCUACCAGUGGGUAAAAUUAGCUCCAGUGUUCUGGCCCCGCUGGUUACGCCACACCGAUUGCGAAAAAUCUGGUGGCUCGCGGAGUUGCUCUUUCCCCAGCGGGAUGGCAUGCCGGCAGGCCCAAACCACACAGAUAAAGAUACUGGCCUGGCACUGCUGGAGCAGCGAAGAGAGAGGCGGGGAUGGGUUAAGAGAGAUGGCCGGGAUCGACAGGGGGACUGUGGUGGUGGGGACAGGUGUUGCAGGCAGAAAGUGUUUGUGGAGGCAGGUACCUUAUCCUGUGGUUACAGCGUGUAAAUGUUCAUGCAAAUAGUUUUAUUUGAUCACUGUUAAUCACGAACAUGUAACCUAUUUGGGGUUGGCCUACAUUCAGGAGAGAAUUUAUUUGAACAUCUGAUUGUCAAUGUAGGCUUACGACAAUUUGUUUUGAAAUUGAUUAUCAAGUAUUGUUUGUCCAGCCUUAAAUAAAUAUACCUGUAUACAAUUAAUUCACUUGGGUUUCGUAAUCAACUUGUUUUCAUUAGUAUGAAAUGAAGCUAUUGGACGAAAAUUGAAUAAACUGAAUGUUUCCAACCAAUGUGUUUUAAUGUGGGGUUUUUUG